AUGUCAGUUACAACAGAUGGAAGCAAGGUGGUAUUAACCCACCCAGACGACAAGACCAGCUGUGUGACUAUUUUGAACUAUGGUGCAACUGUGACUAGCUGGAAAUUAAAGGGACAAGAACAGCUAUGGUUAUCAGAGGCAGCAAAAUUGGAUGGUUCCAAGCCUGUUAGAGGUGGUAUCCCGCUUGUCUUCCCGAUCUUUGGUAAGAGUAAGACAGAUGAUGCAUUGGGUAAAUUACCUCAACAUGGUCUGGCUAGAAACUCUACCUGGGAAUUUUUGGGCCAGACAAAGAGCAACCCACCUACUGUGCAAUUUGCAUUGAGCCCUGAAAUUGCUAAUCAAGAGUUAACCAAACUAUGGCCAUCCGAUUUCUCUCUAGUUUUGACCAUCGAGUUAGGUCUUGAUUUCUUAAAGACAGCUAUCGAGGUGAACAACCCAUCCAAGACCGAAGAAUUGAAAUUCAACUGGCUGUUUCACACUUAUUUGAAGAUCGAGGAUAUCGAGGAUACUUUUGUCUCCAAUUUAGUUGGUAUGAAGCUAUAUGAUCAAUUGCUACAAGAGACGUAUGUCGAUAAACACCCUGUUGUCACGUUCCAUGAAGAGAAGGAUCUCGUUUACAAAAACAUCGCCGAUGAGCGUGUGAUCCAAGUGGUUCGUAGAGGUGAACCUGUUCACACUCUCAAGCGACACAACUUGCCAGAUGCCGUCGUCUGGAACCCAUGGAUUAACAAAUCCAAAUCGAUGGCAGAUUUUGAACCAAAAACCGGCUACGAGAAAAUGCUUUGUGUGGAACCAGGCCAUGUUCAUGAUCUUAUCACUCUGGCCCCAGGCGAAUCAUGGGAUGCUUACCAAUUACUGUACAGAGAUGAGUUGAAAUAUCAAGCGAUCGAAUAA